CUUUAUAGACAGUGUUCCCAGCAUUGGCUAAUCUAUUCUGGCUACUUGCUUCUGUAGGCUUCAUUAUGUCCUCAAAAUCCUCAAAAUCUCAAGUUAGGAAAAAACAACAAAGUCAAAAAAAGUCUGAUGUGGCAGAGCUACCCACAGCGAAAGGGCCACAUAAACCACAUUAUCCAUCAUGGUUAUUUGCUCAUUUCUAUGAUGAACUGGUCUCUAUUCUUAUUAAAGAUUGUGAUCUUUUACUUCAUCUCACCAAUUCUGUUACCAUCAAUCUACUGAAGCAUCCUGUUGACAUGGAAAAAAUACAGCGAAAUUCAAUUUCCAUUAUUGGAUGCAAAAUGCUUGCAAAUGCUAUCUUGGAGUACCUUAGUAAAGCAAGACGUCCUGAUUAUGCCAUAUGUGAUCUUUUGCUCAUACUCGAAGGUGAAGGCAAUGUAGAAUUAACUUCCUUAGUGAACAAAAUCAGAGAACAAGCUGAAAAAAACUCAUAUAAUAUUCAGCCUAAGUGCAAUGUCCAGAUAUUUUUAUCACUAGUUCAUGUAAGCCAAUCAUCCAAGUGCAUUGAAAAUUUUCGAAGCAGUUUCCAGUUGCCUCUUGAUCCAAAAUGUUCUCUAAUGGUAGCUUUAGAGUUCAUACCUUUAGAUAAAGUCUCACUGAAAGGCGUGAGUCCAAUAGGUCAAACGUCACCACUUUCUAUUAAUGAGCUCUGCGACGUGCCACCUUCCUCCUGGAUACUAAUAGAAGGCAUAUCUGGCAUUGGAAAAUCUACAUUAGCCUAUGAAAUGCUUAAGCAAUGGAAGGAUGGCACUGCAUUGCAGAAAUAUUCGUAUGUUCUAUUGUUACGUCUUCGUAAUGAAAAUGUGCAUCAAUAUUGGUCCUCGUCACCUAAUGUAGUACGAUUAAUUGAAGAUUGCUUAAAUGAGCAAUAUAAUGAGCCGCCAGAUAUAUUGAGCAACAGUGGCCAAAAUUUGCUUUUGAUUUUGGAAGGCUAUGAUGAACUUCCAAAGAAAAAGUUAAAAUGUAACGCACAAGUUUUUUAUCAAUUGAACAGAAAUUUUCACAAUGCUGUGGUCAUUAUUACAACUCGUCCUUCAUUUUCAUACCAGCUCUCCAAUAAAAUUUUGUUCACGAAAAAAAUUGAAAUAAUUGGAUUUAAUAAAUCUAACCAAGAUCAAUACAUCAAAGUAGCUUUUAAAAACGAUAAAGCUAAACAUGAUGAGUUCAAAGAAAGCAUAAAAAGCUGUCCUAUAAUUGCACAACACCUUAGCGUCCCCCUACACUUAGCCAUAAUGAUCAAGAUAUUUUCAAGUAGUACACAAAAGCCACUGCCUCAAACAAUAACAGAAUUGUAUGAGUCGUUUGCAAUGAUCUUAAUUUGCAAAAAUUCACCCCAAAAUGAGGAAAGUAUCUUUCAAAAAUGUUGUGAAAUAGCAUAUGAAGGUUUACUUGAGCAACAAAUAGUUUUUGAUUGUGAUGAGUUAAACACUCUUGGCUUAAUGCAGAGAGAAUCCAAAAUACCAGGCAAGGAAGGGGGAAUAAGAGCAGUUUCUUUUCUUCAUUUCAAAAUGCAAGAAUUCCUGGCUGCUUAUCACAUGCAAGCUGAAUUUUUGUUAAAGGAACAAAAGAAACUUUUUGAAAAGUACAAUAGUCAUCAACAACUUUUUCCUACAAUGCACUUUUUUUCAGGGCUCACAAAGCUUCAAAAAGGCCUUUGCAAAAUUAUCGAACUGACAGGUGCAUAUACAUUUCCCCUUGAUCAGUUUUAUCAUCUAAUGGAGAUAAAAAAUAAUGCUCUGGUUUCUGAAAUGCUGAAUGAAAAUGAAAUGAUUGAUGUGUCAUGUGUAUCAAGAGCUAUUACAGUGCAAGAUUUCUACAUAUUGGGGAGAUGCUUUGGCCUUUCAUCAUGUUCUUGGAAGUUUGGUUUUACAAUUCGUGGCUUAACAAGUGAGCACAUUAAGAUGUUUGUAUCUGGCUUUACUGAUGUAUUACCACAUAUGCAAUCACAACAGUCUCCGAAUCUCGAGCGUAUUGUUUUAUCCCUUAACCCAAUUGGUAAUGAAGGACUUGCUAUCUUCCUUAGUUUACCACCAUCAGUUUUAGGUACAAUCACUGAAUUUUUUUUACGAGCUGCAUCAUUGAAGAGUAAUGACUGUUUUAAAGAUUGCGUAACAAAAUUUGAGCAUUUCCAUGCAUUGAAAACUUUUCUGUUUCAUGACAAUGAGUUCAAAGAAGGUGAGCAGCAACAGCUAAUUGAUGUCCUCUGCCACGGUAAAUUGAAAAAUCUUAAAAAAGUUUCCUUUUCCAGCCUCAGCCCUCGAGAAUGCUCUACACUUUUAUCAAAAUCUCAUUUAACUCAACUGGAGCUAUAUGAGCUUUCUCAUGAAUCUGUUAAAGAGUUGUUCACGUCAUUAAAAACCAAAUGUUCUAAACUCAUAUCCAUUGAGUUAUAUCAAUCUCCAAUAACAAAAGCAAUUGUAGAGAGAAGUCUUCAAGAUUCUUUGCCUGACUGUAUACUCAAGGAAUUGAAACUGAUCAAUUGUGAGAUUGAUUCUAAAACUGCCAAUUUAAUUAUUAAUGCAGCUACGCAUAGUCCGACUCUCCAAGUUAUUGAUCUAAGUGACAAUAUCAUUGAUAAUGAAGGAGGUCAUUACAUUGCCAGCAAAUUGGAAGAGCUUCUAGUCUCAAGACCCAGACCAUCCCCCAGGCUACAAUUAGCUGGCGAAACUAGAGAGCUUCAUAAUUCAGCAGAAAAUAUUUUACAGCUAUUCUUGCAGCAUAACUUCUUCACCAAGAAGUCUAUUGAAGAGUUUACAGACAAGCUAACCCAGUUACCUUAUUCCUUUACCAUACACCUCUCACUGCAAUGGAAAGAUUAUGUUGAAACCAAAUUGAGUCUUAGUCCACAAGUUGAGAAAUUGCUAGUAAUCGAUGUUCAAAAUGAUAAUUUAGCUCUAAAAAGAAAACAGCAACAUCAUAGCACCCAACCUAGUAUUGCUUCUCUAACGUGCAAUGAUAUACCAGCACGGCAUGACGAAAGGCCAGACCUAGUUCCCAGUGCCACCGAUGACACUGAUGAGGAUGAUACAGAGUCUGGCUGGAAUAAAGUCAAAAAGAAAAGAAGAGGCCGUCGCCAUAAAUGAACAAUUGGUUUUUUGACAUUGCCUUCCUUUUCUUGUCUCCUUUUAUGGAGUGCUUCAUAUUGAUUAUUUUGUUUAUGUGAUUGUUAUUUGUGUUUAGUAGUUUUAGAUAUAACUGUUAUAAAACUGUAUAACAAUACACAUUAUUA